CUUCCGCAAGCUCCCCGCCCCCCACGGGCCCCCCGGACAAAAGACCCCCGCCCCCAACGAGCCCCCCAGCCUCAAGACCCCCGCCCCCCUCCCCCCACCACCCAUGGCCUUCAGAGCCAACCUGAAGGGGUCAGGGGUCAAGCCCCGGCCAGAGGAGGAGAAGAAAGGCCCCCAGCAGGUGGACUUCAGGUCCAUCCUGGGUAAGAAGACUACCCCCAAGAAGGAGGUGGAGAACACCCCCAAGAAGGAGGUGGAGAACACCCCCAAGAAGGAGGUGGAGAACACCCCCAAGAACGGAGAGAAGGAGGCCAAGAACUGUGUGGACGCAGGAAGAGGAGGAGGAGGAGGAGCAGGAGCACCUGACUUCAAACAGAAGCUGAGUAAUAUCAACGUGUUGGACGGUCAGAAGCUCAGGCUGCAGUGUUGCCUGCUGACCGCUGACCUCCGUGAUGUCAAGGUCACCUGGACACUGGACGGGAAGGUCAUCAAACCAUCCAAGUUCAUCGUCCUGGCUAGCGAAGGAGGGCUGUGCUCCCUGACCAUAGAAAAGGCCCUCCCAGAGGAUGAGGGACAGUAUAAAUGCCGCGUGGAGACCAGCUUAGGGAAGACCGAGACCUCCUGCAUGGUCCUAGUGGAUGACCCAGAGGACAGUACUCUAGCUGACAGGAAGAAGAACUCAGGCCCAGCGUCUGAGAGUGAAGCCCGGAUUAAGAAACCAACAACGAAGACUCCUCCUAAACAAGCCCUUCCUCCUCAGAUCCUCCAGUUCCCAGAGGACAUGAAGAUCCUAGCCGGGGAGAAGGUGGAGAUCAGCUGCCGCUUCUCCGGAGCUCCGCCCUUCAGCUGCACCUGGCUCAAGUUCAGGAAGCCGAUCCAGCAGGGCACCGGGGGGGUGAGCAUAGAGAGCAGCGACAGCAGCAGUCAGCUGAUCAUCGCCUCGGGCCAGCAGGAGCACUGCGGCUGCUACACCAUCGAGCUGAAGAACAGCUACGGCCUGCGCCAGGCUGCCCUCAACCUCACCAUCGUGGAUAAACCGGACCCCCCUGCCAAGGUGCCGGCGGUCUCAGAUGUGCGGCGCUCCACCCUGACCCUGUCGUGGUACGGCCCCACCUACGACGGAGGCAGCGCAGUCCAGAGCUACAACCUGGAGGUGUGGGAUAGCCUUGGGUCCCAGUGGAGGGCCCUGGGCUCCUGCAACAGCACCUCCUACAACGUCCAGAACCUCCUUCCAGAGCGUCAGUAUAAGUUCCGUGUGCGUGCAGUCAACAUCUAUGGAGUUGGAGAACCCAGCGUGGAGUCCAUCCCCGUCACCGUGGGCCUGGUCGCAGACGACGAGGAACACGAAGACGAGGCUGAGGAGGAGGAUGAAGAAUCAGGGAAGGAUCCUGACUACCGAGACGUGAGCAUCAGACCCGACCUGAAGGUCAAGGACCUCUACGACGUGGAGGAGAGACUGGGGACGGGUAAGUUCGGUCAGGUGUUUAAGCUUGUGGAGAAAGCCACCAGGAAGACGUGGGCCGGUAAGUUCAUCAAGGCGUUCUCGGCCAAGGAGAAGGAGAACGUGAGGCAGGAGAUCCUCAUCAUGAACAGCCUGCACCACCCCAAGCUGGUCCAGUGCAUCGAUGCCUUCGAGGGCAAGUCCGACAUCGUCAUGGUGCUGGAGAUGAUCUCUGGCGGGGAGCUGUUUGAGAGGAUCAUCGAUGAGGACUUUGAGCUGACAGAGCGAGAAGUGAUUAAGUACCUGCUCCAGAUCGUCGAUGGGGUGAGCUACAUCCACAGCCAGGGCAUCGUCCACCUGGACCUCAAACCCGAGAACAUCAUGUGUGUCAACAAGACUGGCAGCAAGAUUAAACUCAUCGACUUCGGCCUGGCACGACGCCUGGAGAGUGCAGGGACCCUGAAGGUUUUGUUCGGGACCCCAGAGUUUGUGGCCCCAGAGGUCAUAAAUUAUGAGGCCAUCAGCUACCCUACAGACAUGUGGAGCAUAGGAGUCAUCUGCUACAUCCUGGUGAGCGGUCUCUCUCCCUUCAUGGGGGACAACGACAACGAGACCCUGUCCAACGUGACCUCGGCCACCUGGGACUUUGAGGAUGAGGCCUUUGACGAGAUCUCUGAUGACGCCAAGGACUUCAUCACCAACCUGCUGAAGAAGAACAUGAAGGCCCGUCUGACCUGUGCCAGCUGUGUAGAACACCCCUGGCUGAAGCAGGACACCAAUACCAUGCAGGCUAAGAAGCUGUCCAAGGAGAGGAUGAAGAAGUACAUUCUCCGCAGGAAGUGGCAGAAAACAGGUCAUGCUGUGCGUGCGAUCAGCAGGCUGUCCUCCAUGGCCAUGCUGGCUGGAGUCAGUGCCAAGAAGGGCUCCCCGACAGAAGAGGACAACCAGUUCCUGGAGUGUCUAGAAUAUGACCAGAAGGUUGAGGGGAAGCCGACCUUCAGCUCCGUCAUGAAGGACGUGGAGGUGGUGGAGGGGAGUGCCGCACGCUUCCACUGCAAGAUAGAUGGUUACCCGGACCCGGAGGUGGUGUGGUAUAAGGAUGAUCAGCCAAUCAGAGAGACCCGGCACUUCCAAAUCGACUAUGAUGAGGAGGGCAACUGUAGCCUGGUCAUAUCUGAGGUGUCUGGGGAUGAUGAUGCUAAGUACACGGUGAAGGCGGUCAACAGUCUGGGAGAAGCCACCUGCACCGCAGAGCUCCUGGUGGAGGUGAUGGCUGGAGAGGAAGAGGAGGAGGAGGAGGAGGAGUAAACUAUGGAACCGUCAGGGGAGGAAGGUGUGCUGGUUCAGGUCUGAUCUUCCCAUGUCUCUCCUGAGGGAUCAGUCCAGACCUGAACCACAACCGGAAUCACAGACCCACUCACCCGGCUCAAAUCCACCCACCACCCAGCUCUACAACAUGGGAACUGGGGUCGGCUUAGCUCAGGAGGUCGAGCAGUUGCCUUGUAACCAAAAGGUUGCUAGUUCAAUUCCCAGCUCCUCCUAGCUGAGUGUUGAUGUGUCCCUGAGCAAGUCACUUAACCCUAACUGCUCCUGACGAGCUGGCUGUCACCUUGCAUGGUUGACUCUGCCGUCGGUGUGUCAUUGUGUGUAUGUGUCGCUUUGGAUAAAAGUGCCUUCUAAAUGCCCUAAUUGUAAUUGUAACUGGGUUGCGGGCUAUUUGAGCCAGGUAUGGUCACACCUGGGCCUACAGGUGUGCCUACAAGUGUGUCAACAAGUUUACCUAAAAGUGUGUCUACAAGUGUUCCUACAGGUGUGACUACAGGUGUGACCACAUGUGUGACUACAGGUGUGACUACUGGUGUUUGUGUUCCUAGUGUGAGGCCAGUGUCCUACAUCCCAAAGGUAACCAUUUAUUGAUCCUUCCCACUUGGCGAACUUGGUCCGUUAGAUAUAUUUGAAUAAUGGCUGACUGAUUUAUCCGCACCUCUCAAAUGAAUGGCGCUGUCACUUAGCUCAAAUUAAAGUUUCACUAUCUGGCACAUCAUUAUUCACUACUGGUAAUAGCAUUUCAAGCUUUUAUAAGUGGCUGGUGGCUGGUUUCAGUCCCCGCCACACUAUCCAAGUUGUGCCAGAUAGUCUCAACUCUGCAGGGGGCAGCAAAACCACGUUUCUUGAGAUACCCGACGAGACUAGACUACACGACAAUCAGAGCCAACCUCAGCCCGUUCACCGCCCCCCCCACACACACACACACUCCUCCCCCAGAGGCAGACUCAUCAUGGGUAGGUUUUGUGGCCUUGUGGGUAGUGACCUUUGGCACAAAGCAAAUGGUUUAUAAUAUCACCUUAAAAUCAAAUGUAGAAAUGAAUGAGGAUUGUUUAUGAAUAACGGGUCUUAUGUUUGACUAUCACAAGGAUAACAGUGACGAAAAAGGUCUUCUAUGUUUCACUGCUCAGAGCCAUAGCUCUUCAGGACUUGUUUCUCAGUUUACCACUUUGUCUCUCAUCUUCUGACCCGUUGACUAUGUUUUUAUACAGUCAUGGAGUUAGUUCUUGCCAAGUUAUUAACCUUGAGCUAUAACUUUAAGCAUCGUAAGGGGGUGAGAACGUUUAGAGCUAGGGUUUGAGUUGGGUAGCAACCGUCCGACCCUUUAAAGGAGAUUAUGGGCUGUCCUCUGCCUACCACACACUAGUCAGCCAAACUACACUUCCCCAUGUGGUUAUCAGUGCCUACUUGGUUAGAGUUACUAAGUUUAAUACAUAUACAGCUAGCUACAAGCUCAGCAGCAAGCCUGCAGAAAGGAGUUUACCAAAAGGACCAUUUUGGAUCGCCAUGGAGAUCCCCCUGGUCUUUAGUGCGUGUCUGAUCCUACCUGACGUUUUCUGGGCAAAACUCUUAGAAAGUAGAUGUGCUUAAGUUAUACUUCAUUAUUUAAUGAUUCUACCACAAGAGAUUCAAACAAGCACAUUCCUUCCCAAGGAGUCCAGCCGUUGAAGUUUAAAAAUAAAACCCAGCAACCACCCAGGUUGAUCAAACCUUUGGAAGUUCUCUAGAUUACAGAACUAUAGCACAGACUAACUCAAGAGCUGUGUAUGGUGAGCUGAAGUCAUCCGAUGUGCCUGAGGUAUGACAUCGUCCGUGUCCCAGUAAUGCCUUAUGAGAUCCCCAUGGUAACGCCACAUUCCAGCGUAGCGUGGGCUCUGAACUUUAUUUAAAUGCUUUGAGUUCUGGUUUAGAUUCGUUUGGAAUGUCACAGGUGUUCUUUGUGUGAUCGUAUUACUCACUUUGGUUGACACAGACUGUUCAAUUGAUGUUAUAAAGAAGGAUUUAUUUUUUUGACUUAUUUAAGCACAGAUUUAUGAUAUGAUAUUAUCUGCUAAUUGUCACUGUUUGUUCCUGAUGUAUGUAGCCCGUGUUUUCAUCUGGCUUAUAGGAGAGCACCGUUGCUGUACUUAUUCAGUUACUUAAUAAACUUAUUGUCACAAAACCAA